AGAAACGGGUAUGCGAAAUAUAAAAUGGCGGAUAUAGAGGCAGUUUCAACGAUUCUUCAACAACUCUCUUUAUCUGAUGAUAAGAAAGACAAAUUAUUAGAAAUUGAAACUAUUCUAUUAAAUCAUAGAGGACAAAAUUUAAAUAAUAUUGCCCAAAACCAAUCGAUAGGUGUUCUGAUUGAAUGUUUAAGUAAUAAAAACAGGUUUGCUCAGUCACUUUACAUGGGCGAUAAUAAGUGGUAAACUCUGUUUUUUUUUCAGAGAUAUCGUUGAACUUGGAUUUAACAUUUUAAAUACAAUAUUCUCAUCACUAGAUUUAUCUUUAUUACUGCCUCUCUUCAGUCACCAAUUUAAUGAAUUCCAAUCAUUUUCAAACCACCCACUAAAACGUCUAUAUUUAAAUCAGGUAUUAAAGAGUAUUAUCUUAUUAAAAAAAGUUUUUAAAUCAUUUCUCAAACACAAAAAAGUUACAUAGAAUCAACAACGUAGAAUUAUGGAUGAACCAUUCAAUAUUUUUAGACCAAUUACUUCGUUUGCUAACCGACGAAGAAACGGAUAUCGCUGUGUUAGCAAUGGAAAAUGUAAAGAGAAUUGCAACUUUGGAAAAUGGACUGAAUUUAUUAUUUGAAGGACAAAACGCAGAAAAGCUUAAACAAGUUAUGGGAAAAAAUGAAACAGUAGCUUUCCGAGUUUAUGAAACAGCAGUAGAUGUAAGUCUUCUCUCUCCAUUCGCAUUGGAUAAGGUUAAAUAUUUCCUUGAUCAGCUGUUUAUCGUUCUCAAUAGUGGAGAUAUACUAUUGAUCAUGAAUUCAUUUGAACUCAUUCAAAAGUUAUCAUCUACUUCUCAUGGCAUUUCAUAUUUAGAAGGAAAUAAGAUAUUUGAUCUAUUGUGCAGUACGGUAUAUAUGAGCCAUCUUUUACUACCAGGAAAACUCAAAACUUAUGGGGCUAUACUCUUCCAUAAACCGGAACUAAUUUCUAAUAAUAUACUGCAAUUUUUUGAUGAAGCUUUUCAUACAGAUGAAUUAACAAUGUUAAUAACAAUCGAGAUAAUUUGUCAUAUUUUAUCUACCCCCAAUGGUAAAACUGCGUUGUUCACUUUUGAUAAUUUUAUACAAAAAAUUGCUAAAACUUUGUCUAGCCUGAUUAAAACGGGUCCUAGUGAUGUUCGAAUUCGUGGUAUGGACUGCGUUUGUGAAAUGUUUGAGUACAAGCAAGAUUGGAGUCCUAAGUACCUGUCAUAUCACGAACGUUGGUUUGAAAUGCUUGGAGAUAGACAGUUCAUUGAUGCAGUUUUUGGAAUUGUUCGACAGCCCUUCGAUGACUUGCAUGUAGCUGCUUUACGUGUCAUUAGAUCGGUGGCUACUCAAGAAUGGGGUCAGAAGAUAUUAGCAAAUUUUCCCGGCUUUGAAGAAUGGCUUUUUGACAGACGUACAGAAACAUGUAAAGACGGAAAGGAAACAAAAUUCGAUAUUGCUCAUGUCCUGUUGACUUCGAAUACUCUUGGUCAAACCUUUGAGAGCCCUUUUAUCAUUAAAUUAAAAGUUUUUUACAAAGAAGGUCCUUUCCAUGUCCAAUCCCAGUCAGAAGUUGCAUUAGGCGAUUAG